AGAGCUGAAAUUCAGUUGUGCUGGUGGUAUUGGAGGCACGGCACAAUGGGCAAAAGCAAAUCGAGGGAGUGAAAAGAACUGAGACGCACAUGGCUUUUAAAUGGACCUCACCAAUGAACAGUUGUGACUUACAGCCCAGAAAGGACACCAUAAGGGGACCUGCACAGACUCUGUCUUUGAAGCACUGGCCAGGAAAAAAGUUGCCAUGUUUUUUUUUUUUUCUUCAGUUAUGACAGAUUCAUUGAGGAGUCAGCUGAUGGGACGGUGAGCAGUGUUUGAAAACGCUGAAGAACUAAAGGCUUUAACCUGAAUCUGGGAACAAAAACAGGACAGCAAGGGAGAGAGGGACCAAGGACACACAUGAGGCAACCUACAAUGCACUGACAGCGAGGAAUGGAAAGGAUCAGCGUGGAAACAGACUGGGAUGGGUUAGGUCUCUCCUCUCCGGGCGACACGGGAAGAAACAACGUCUCCUCGUUUGUCACUGAGCUGAACUCGUUCAACAUUUCUCGCGGCGGAGGGUCCCUCUUCGGGAUCUUAAUAGAGAACGGCUCCAACGCCACGGCUCACACCGUUCCUCAGCCCAGGGUGAGGGACCAAGGCCUGGCCCGGGCAGAGAUCGCCAUCCUGGGGGUGGUGCUGGCUCUCACCACGCUGGGCAACAGCUUCGUGUUGUGGGUGCUUUUGAGAAGGAGGAAGCACAAUGCACCGAUGCACCUGUUCAUGGUCAACCUGUGUGUGGCUGACCUGGUGGUGGCGCUCUUUCAGGUUCUGCCCCAGCUGAUAUGGGACAUAACAGAGAGGUUUCAGGGGCCCGACUUGCUCUGCCGGUCCGUCAAGUAUUUGCAGAUUGUGGGGAUGUUUGCUUCCUCCUACAUGAUAGUUGCCAUGACAGUCGACCGACACCAUGCCAUCUGCUGCCCGCUGCAGGCCUACCGCGUUGGGGCUAUGUCCCGCUGGAACACCCCUGUGAUAGUGGCGUGGGCCCUGGCUCUGGUCCUCAGCAUACCGCAGGUGUUCAUCUUCUCCCGCUCGGAAGUGGCUCCGGGUGAGUUCGAGUGCUGGGGUCACUUCACCGAGCCGUGGGGGCUGAAGGCCUACGUCACCUGGAUGACCGUGGCUGUGUUCCUGCUGCCCGCCCUCAUCAUUACCAUCUGUCAGAUAAGAAUCUUCCGGGAGAUCCACAACAACAUCUACUUGAAGUCAGAGAGGAUAAUGAUGGCCGAGCUCAAGAGGAGUGAAAUCCUUCUUCGCUUCCAGGGCCUCAGGAAGGAGGACAAGCGAGAGAGGGAGAGGGGAAGACAGGCGACGGGGAGAGAAGGAGGAGGACAGCUCCUGAAGGACAAUGACGCCCACGACUGCGAAGUGGGAGAACAUUACGACUAUGUGCCGUCUGUGAUUCAGUAUAGUAGCUGCUGCGGCGAACAUCAGACAGCAGCCACAUCGCUGACGCAGGAGCAAAUACCGAACGGCUCAGAUUUCCGGGAGUCCUGUGCCAACUCCGCCCGCUGCUCCCUGGACUAUGCCCCCCCUCCACAUCAGGUCACUCCACCCCCCAGCAUCACCAAGGCAAUGUCCAAGACGGUGAGGAUGACCCUGGUCAUAGUGCUGGUCUACACCGUCUGCUGGUCGCCGUUCUUCAUCGUCCAGCUGUGGGCGGCCUGGGAUCCAGACCCUCCAGACCAAGGAGUGGCCUUCACAAUCCUGAUGCUGUUGGCCAGCCUGAACUCGUGCACCAACCCGUGGAUCUACACGGCUUUCUCCAGCAGCGUGUCCACAGAGCUUCAAAACCUGCUGCAGUGUCGGUCACGACUCGGCCGACGCGGCUCCCUGCCGGACGACUCUACGGCCACACACACCUCCACCACUAAGGACAACCUGUACUGACAAACACCUAGAAGACGGACGCGCCAAGACACGCUUGAAAGCGCACGGCGGCUGGGCUGCGUGAACGCCGUGCCGCGAGCGUCGACGCUUCUGCCGCCGCCAUCUGCAGCAUCGCCGCUUGAGAACGGGCCGACCUUUACCAGAUGUUUGCUUUGACAAAGGACAGCUACACCCUCAGCAGGACAUCCAUCUGCACUCACCUGCCUGCUCCGCCCCCACUGUAGCUACCGGAAGGAUGUCAUUGACGAUGUCAACAACACGCGCUGCCGAGCCUCGCAGUGCAUCUGCAAUGCAAAAUGACCUGGAAAGCAAAGAGAUUUUCACUUCAGUAGCUUCUGGCUCGGGUCUUGUGGAGCGAUUCAUGUGGGGAAAAUGGAAAGAAAACACUGGCUGACUCUAACACAGCGGAGAACACCAGGAAUGCAAAGGAUGGAUCGCUGCAUUAAUAUCCUCUUGGCAUGCCAAAUGCACAAGGCAGCAGACAAAACUGUGGAUCCAGAGGAAUCCAAACAGCAAUAAGAGAGACUGCUAUAGCUAUGAGUGGGAUCCGAAACCGAAGUGAACAAAUGUUUUUUUGUUGUUGUUGUUGUUGUUUGUUUUUUUUUUUAAAUGAAAGAUCAAAGGCUGAAGGAAGUCUUCAGAAGUUGGACACGUAUUCACUCCUGAGGAUGGCGAGUUGAGGUAGAGCGGAGUCCUCCAAGAAGCUGCAGAAAAACACGCAUAAAACACUCUCAACAGCAGGGGAGGAAGGAGGAAAGAGCAGAAACGAACAAGCACAUUUUCUACGAGCGACUGUGGCUGCGAACGAUGUGGCCGUGGUUUGAGUAAACAUACAAAACUUUCCAAUUACGGAGACUCCGAAAAGUAUGAACCGCAAACACCAGGACAAAGAAGUUACAUUCCAGACGCAGUGCAGAUAAUGUAAAGUGUAUUUAUUGACCUCGUACGGCACAACGGAUACUACCUUUUAUUUAAAUGUUGAAUGUGAACCGUCAGCUGUGAUGGCGCCUUGAGAGAAAGCAAAAAGAUGUCAAACCAAAGUUUUAUCUACGCAGGUCUUAACAGCAACAAGCUUCAGCAGACGUGACGGAAAUCACUGCAUUUUAGCAGAACUGUUGAGAAGAAAGUCCACAUUAAGAGGGAAAUGAGUCCAAACAAAGUGCCUGGGACCUGAGUUACAGAUGUUGUUAGAAGGGCCUCCCUGAACGUUUAAUCUCCAAAUGAUGUCAGCUGUGUUAUUAUUAGACGGAGCUACCAUCAGAGCAGGGAUUGUAAGAUUUGUUAUAUAACACCAU